AUGGGUAAAUACAGCUCCGAUUCUGACGACGAUAGACGAAAGAAAUACAAGUCUUCCAAGAAACGCGACAGGCGGAGCAGAAGCCGGGAACGACGUAAAAGGUCGCGUUCCCGGGAACGGAAACGAAGUCGAUCAAGGAGUAGCAGUUAUGACGACUACAGAAGGAGCAGGUUUGGAAUUCUGGAACCAACACAUUUUUCUGUCGCGUUUCUUUGUUUCCCUGGUAAAUAAGAGACUAAUUUAUGAUCGUCUGCUUUUCCUUCUUGAUAAAAAAAAAUCAGAUCAAGUCGAAAAGGUGAGUAGUUGCCGUAUAAACUUUUUACGUCUGACAACUAAUUAUGAAGCACUGAUCUGAAAUAGUAGAAGAGGGUUGUCAAAAAGAUUUCAAGUAGCAGGAGAAUAAGGGAAAGAAGCCAGCACGCUGACUCGUCUCCAGUCGUCUCUCAUUCUUAGUAUUUGGUUUGGAAGACUAAGCGCUUCCCUAGUAAAUAAUAGGCUGAUUUAGCAACAGAACGGGAAAGUCAGUUGACGACGGCAUGCACAAUUCAAACAACUGGCUUGACUAAGUCAGCCCAAUAGGCCGAUUUAGCAACAGAAUGAAUGACGAUGGGAAAGUGCGCAGAAAGGACUGAACGUGGCUUCCGGUGCCCAAUUUGCAGCUCUGCCAUGGGUCAAGUCAGUUGUUUGAUUUGCGCGGGCUGUCAUCAAUUGACAUUCCCGUUCUGUUGCUAAAUCAGCUUAGUUAAUGAGUAGAGACAACUUGGAGACAACUGGGGACAAGUCAGGCCUGCCGGGAGCCAGAGGCCCCCUACCAGGCCAGGAGUCUGGGGGCCGCACACCAUUCGGGAUAAUAUCCCUAGUGAUAUGUGUUUCCCUUGUAGGGGAACACAUAUGACUUGAGAAUAUGUGUUUCUGGUUAGGGGAACACAUAUCACUAUUGACGUGUGUUUCCUGGGUAAGGGAAUGCUAUCAUUAGGGAUAAGUAGUAUGUGUUCCUAGGGAGGGGAAGCACAUUUCACUUGGGAUAUGUAAUUUUGGGGUAGGGGAACAAAUAUCAUUAGAAAUAUGUGUUCCUGGGGUAGGGGAACACACAUCACUAGGGAUAUGAGUUCCCCUACCCAUGAAACACAUAUCAAGUGAUAUGUGUUCCCCCACCUGGGAAAGAUGCCUCUUUAGUGAUAUGUGUUCCCCUACCCAGGUAACAUAUAUCCGUAAUAACAAUAAUAAUAAAAUAUUUAUAUAGCGCUUAUACUUUUCAGUUCUAAGCGCUUUACAUUACUUAAAAAGGUCUGAAUAAAAAAUAAAAAUCCUAAAAUCAUUACAUAUAUACAUAUAUAUAUAGUCACAAAAAUACAAAAUAAAAAAACCUAAGAUAGUUCGUAAACUCGUUUAAAAAGAAAGGUCUUCAAUUUAGAUUUAAACUUAUUUACAUCAUCGAUCGAUCUAAUGUCAACAGGCAAAUCCCUAGUGAUCCCUAGUGAUAUGUGUUCCCCUACUGGGGAAACAUAUAUCCCUAGUGAUAUGUGUUUCCUGGGUAGGGGAAUACAUAUCACUAGGGAUAUGUAAUAUGUGUUCCUAGGGAGGAUAUGUAAUUUGGGGUAGGGGAACAAAUAUCAUUAGAAAUAUGUGUUCCUGGGGUAGGGGAACACACAUCACUAGGGAUAUGAGUUACCCUACCCAUGAAACUCAUAUCACUAGUGAUAUGUGUACCCCUACCCAGGAAAGGUCUUCCCCUACACGGGAAACAUAUAUCCCUAAUGAUAUGUGUUCCCCUACUCAGGAAACAAUCCCUAGUGAUAUGUGUUCCCCUAACUGGGAAACAUAUAUCCCUAGUGAUAUGUGUUCCCCUACCAACAAUAACAUAUAGUUGCUGCUAUAUUUUAAAACUGUCUUAGUUGGGAUUUGUGGAUUAAAGAAUGAGGUAUAUUACAUUAUAGCAUGCUUGUUUCUGUUCAUGUGGAUUAUAGAACCGAGUUUGUUACAUGUAUAGCACUGCAGACCACAGUGGCAGGAGUUGUUGAAGAAUAUUUUAGUAGCCGGGUAUUCUUAGUUUAGCCAUGACGAGUGCAGUGAGGUAGACAAUACCACUGGCAAAACUUUCCCUAGUAUUUUUGAACAGUAAUUUGGUUUUUUUCACAUCCCCUUCGAUUUCACUAAUGAAAGAAAGAGGAAGGAGGCAAGGCUUUUAAACCUUCACCCUAGUGAUCCGAUUAUCUUAAUUGAGACUAGGUCUUAACUUACAGCCAGUGUGAUCUUACCAAGACCCUGCAGGUUUGUGGUUCGGCCGGGGUUUGUACCUUUGUCCUCCUGCGCUGCAAACCGGAACUCUUCCCUACUGAGCUAACCAAGCAGCAGUUAUUGCAGAUUAGUAAUCAAGUUUUGUCAACUGCUCCCUGUCAACCACAAUAUUUUUGUAUUCUUUUCAGAUCGCAGGUACAGCCGAUCAAGCAGUAGCAGAAGCAGUAGUUAUUCAAGUGAUGAAGAAAGAAGAAGAAGUAGGAAAGAUAAAAAGUGAGGGGUGCCUCAUAUUAUUAUGUUGCAGUUCAAUUUUAUUUUUGCAUCGAGUGUUCUUUUUCUUUAUUUUUAUGUCUGGUGAUUGAUGAUAUCAAAGAAAACAAGGAAAACAAUUCAUCCAAGAAGGAUAAAAUUUAACCAACACAUAUGUUAUUUCAAUGAUUUUAUUGGAUGGUUCAGCAUGUAGUAUCAAGGGACAUUUUAACAAGUCACCCUGUACUUUGGUGAGGUGACAGGGCAAGUCAAAUGACGCAGAAUACUACACACUAAUGCCCCAUUCGCACCAAGUAGAGAUGUUUCAUCAAACCAGGUUUUAAAAAACAAAAAACAGACAUGGAAAACUCGAACACAGGUCUUCACACAGGAUUCAAAUGAAAUUCAACAUGUUUUGCAAUUUGCAAAGCCUUAUGUCCAUGUGAUCACCAUGCGUGCAAUAGCUGAAUAUAAAAAGUACAGAAAGCUGAAUGAGCAAAGCAAUGUAGUGAUUAGUCAUGCACAUGAAACCAGGUCAGCCUUUUAACUCCCAGAGGUAACCAAAGUCAAAGGUAUUCAACUAAAGUUGAAAAUUUCAUUUCAGUGAAAUGAAAUUUUACCAAAGGAAUGGUAACACCAUAUGAUUUCAUCAACACACAAAAAUAAUUAGAACCACCUUGUACAACACUUCAUCGUUCACUCUGGGUAUAAAAGAAUUCAAAGAAGACAAUGACAGGAAAUUGUUUCCAUAUGAAUUCUGCACCUUUUUUUUCAUUGACCGUAAUGAUUCCAGCUAUCACAUAGGAAAGUGGCUAAACUUGAGAAAUUUCUGUAUAAGAGAGAUGUCAACUAUAAGGAGUAAAGAAAGGCAGAGACCAACCCUUGGUGUCCAUCUAAAAGAGAUAUGCCCAUCUUAUAGAGUGUCAACUAAAAGGAGUAAAUAAAGACAGGGACCAACUCUAGGUGUCCAUUUAAGAGAGAUGUCCGUCUUAUAGAAAGUCUACUAAAGGGGGUAAAGGAAGGCAGGGACCAAUUUUAUUUUUGGUGUCCAUCGUAGAUAGAUGUCUGACUUAUAGUCAGAGUCAACUAAAUGAGUAAAGAAAGCCAGGGAUCAUCUUUAGAAGUCCAUCUUAUAGAAGUGUCUAUCAAAAGAGAGUUGACUGUUUUUCCCUGGUUGCACGAUAGCAGAAGUAUGCCUUACUCUCAUUCAUUUUGUAUUCUUUGUUGGCAAAAGUAAAGGGCAUGGUAAAAUGCUGUUACAAUGACAAAAUUCUGAUGAUGAUCCAAGUGCUGGAAAGUGCUAAUAAAGUGAUAUUCAGUUCAACAUUAUCAUUAUUAUUUUUACAGGAGUUCAACCUCAAGUUCCCAGGUAAGCUUUAAAGGAGCCAGUCCAGCUUUAAUUGUCUAACAGUUGAAAAUCAUACAACAUGACAUAUUAUUAAAAGGCAAAUGUGAGAUUCCUAUUGGCAAUAAUUACAAUCAUGAAUAAAACUUUUGAACAAGUAAUGCAAAGCAUCAUUUUUUUUAUUGAUGAAAUACUAUUGGCCGGCUUGAUCAACUGGAUUGAAUCAAACUGUUACCUUAUCCCAAGCCCUCUGAUCAGAUCUGGCCUGAUCCAGGUUUUGUUUAUGCCUUCUGCAUUUCUUUACGUCUUCUCCUUUAUCCUAGUAGUACUUUAAGUGAAUAUUUUUAUCAUUACAUUACAUUUGUAAAUUUACUUCAAUUUUUGUGUUUUGGAAUUUAGGCUUCAAGAGAACAAACCAAAAAGAAGAUGAAGAAAGCUCUUGCCAAAGCAGGUAUUCGUCAGUUUUCUUGCAUUGGUUUGAUCUUUUUUUGAGAUACAGUUAAUGUUGAAAUAUCUGUCGCAGACACUGCACUAAGAGCUUGUUGACUGAAACACAAUAAUAUUUUUUUAUUUUUUUUUUCAGAAUCUAAAGAUGAAGUCUUGAAAAGAGAUAAAGCAACCAAAGAAUUGAGUAUGUUUCCUUUCUUACCAUGUUUUUUUUUUCCCUAGAGUGUUUUGAUCAAUCGUUUCACCCCCAGAAAUGCCAAAGUCAAAAUAUUGUAAAGUUUAGAAAAAUAAAUACUGUAAACUGCUGCUUAUACAGGGGCGGAUCUAGGGGGAGGGUACAGGGGGUGUGCACCCCCCUACCUGAGAUGACCUGCAGUUUUCUAAUACAACUGGUAUUCUGCGAAAAAAAAAAACUAUGUGGUUUAUUGGUGUUGAAGUAGAGCAAGAGACCAGUGCACCCCCUCCUAAAAAAAAUCCUGGAUCCACCCCUGUUAUAAGCCCUCGGCUUAUAAUGUACAUCCUUGUAAGGGGUUUAGGAGGGCUUAUAAAUGGAGAGGCUUAUUUCCGAGGGACUUAUAACUUGAACAGAAAAAGCACUUUGAAACAAGCUAUAGCAUUGCUGAUCGAAAUACAUUUUACAUUUACUGGUCUUUAAUUAAGCUUCAAAAUGUCAUGAUAUAACAAAUUCAUUUCAAUCUAAGCAAGAUACGGGCUUGCAUCCAGGUUGGAUGGGGAGAGGUUUCAUUUGAAUGGUCACACCUCAGGAAUUGAUUCAUAGACUCAAACAUUAAAACUACAUACUAAAUAUCAUGGUAAUGUGGGGAAGCUUUCCUCAAGACUUUUAGUGGUUUCAUUUCAAUGGUCAUACCACAGUAAUUGAUCCACAGACUUAAAAGUUAGAACUACCUAAUAAAGAAAUGAAAUAAAGCCAAUGUUGGGCUUGACAUUUUAAAAACUGAUCAAAAAAAAAUAUUUAAGAAUUAUUUCAAGACUUGUUUUCAAAAUUGGUAAACAACAUUGAAAGGAAGGAAGGGAGGUACCAGGGUUAUGCAACCCACAUUAGGUGCCCUGGAUUAUGGUUUCAAAAUUUUAUUUUAAGAAAGAAUAUAUAUCAGACCAAGCAUAUUUAUUGAAAUUUCGUUUGUAAGACACUUAUUCUAAUUAUUAAAAAAUAAGAUAAUGUUCUUUGAGUAGUAGUGAGCUUAAUAAUCUUGACUGGUUUAUUCAAUAGAAAAACUAGCGCCUGACAAAGAGGCCAUAUUACGCAUAGAAAGCAACGAGUUUGUUCCUCAGUCCUUCAGUUCAUCUUCUACUUCUAGGGGACAACAGGUGAUGAUAUCAAAAUUGUGCUUCUAAAAUAUUGAAAUGUGGCCUCUGUGACUAUGGGGGUGGUGGUGGUGGUGGAGAUGGGGGACAGGGGGGUGGGGGGGCUUCUCUAUUGUACAUGUAUCUGCAAAUACAGUGGAAUCCCAUCAAUACAGUCACCAAUGGGCCAAAAAAAAUUGGCCAUAUUAAUAGGGUGACUGUAUUAAAGAGGGUUUUUUACAUGAAAAUGUAUGGUGGUUUUGCUGGGUGGCCAAAAAAAGUGGCCAUAAUAACGACAUAGCUGUAUUACUGAGGUGGCCAUAAGGUGGGGUUUCACUGUAGGUAUUUGUGAUCCCAAAAGGUGUGGUCUUUACCCCCUUUAGCCUGAAAUUGGGUGCAGAUUUUAGACCUUUGAAUAUGAAUUAGUAUGGAUUAUUUUAAGGUUUUGUGUUUUCUGAAACCAGGGUGUAGAAUUAGGUAUGUUUUACAGGUCUGAAAUAACCAAGGGUCAGCUGAAGGGUUUCACAAAUAAUAUACUCCUUAUCUGUCUAUUCAUUGGCCAACAGCCUACAGCUAACUUUGAAAAUCAGUGCAACCUACAGAUAAGUUGGUUAUGUGCUAGCAGACUAGUGACUAAUCUGUAGGUUGUGCACUCAAUUCGUGAUUUCCAAGAGCAAUGUCAAACUGUGUUCCAUUUGAUGCUGUGUUUGUCCUUAUUUUCUUUAAAAUAAUGUAUAAUCAUACAAUUUAGUAUAAAAUUCGGUUUUUGUGAUAUCCACAAUAAUCAAGGUCUCGGUAAGUGUUAUCAGCCUCUGCCUUUGGCUUGGCUGAUAAUUCAACCUUGAUUAUUCGGGAUAUCACAAAAACCUCAUCCAAUAAUAAAUUAUUGUUUAUGACAUCUGUGAGGCAUCUCAAACUUCUCAAAGUAAAAAAUCGUGUUUUUUUAAAAUUUUUAUGUGUCAGAGUGGUGCUAAGAACAUAGAUGGAAGUCAUGAGGAGGCCAUGUUUGGAGUUGGUGGAUCAAUACCUGACACUGCUGGUCAAACUACAGCGCCUGAAGUGAAGAUAACAUCACAGCCAGUUGUAUCACAGUCAGUAGACAAGGAGGGACUGUUUGCCUCAUGGGUAAGUCUAGUGUAUAUACUGUAAUUGCUUGCCAUAGUGUAGCUGGUGGUCUUGUCAGGGAGGGGCAAUGGUGAGAAACCAUUUAUUUGCACCCUUACCCGGCAAGACCACCAGCUAUGAAGGCUACUCAAAAUAGCAACCGGUGGCUUGGUUUAUUUUUUAACUGAGAAGAGGUCGCUGAUUCAAAGAGGGUCACUUAUUUGUUCCUCAGAACUUCAGCCUCAAGAUGACAUUGUCUUUGUUUCAAAUGAUCAGAACCUAAAUCAUUAUUAAAACUGGAAAAACUUGAAGGUUUUUUUUUGCUAGAAGCCCUCAUUUAUGUGUAAUGAGAGUCGGUGAAACCCCGUUAAUACAGCCACUGAAGGAGCCAUAAGAAGGGUCAGUAUUAACAGGGUGUCUGUAUUGUGCUGGUCAUGGUAUUAAGAUAAAAAAUACAACUUUUAUUAGAACCAAAUAAUAAAAAAUAAAAGUGGACAAAUAGAGUCGAAAAAGAUUAAACGUUUUUUGAGUGUUUCCGUGGAUUUAAACCGUGGAAUGACGGCUUUGUGAAAUGGUUCUAACUUUUUUGAGUCUGUGGAUAAAAUCCAAGUGUGACCAUUCAAAUGAAAGCUGCCGAGCUGUACUCUCCUGUGGUACUGUUUAUUAUGCUGUGCAAGAUGGUUCUAACUACUGAGGUUGUGGAUGAAAUCUUAAGUGUGACAUUCAAAUGAAAGCUGCUGAGCAGUACUUUCCUGUGGUACUAUUUAUUAUGCUGCAUAAGGGUGUUGUAAAUUUAAUCUGAAAUGUGUUUGAAAUCUUUAUUUGUGACCAUUCAAAUGAAAGCUACUGAGCAGUUUUACCAUGUGCGUCUAAUUUUGUUUAUCACGAGAAGAUGUUGAAAAAGUUUCCAAUUAUUCUCUUUGUUUAUAUCAUUUCAGCUUCAUGAAGAUGAAGAAACUAAGACAGCUCGCUGGAUAACCAAGUUAAAAAAGAUGCGACAGGAACUCUUGGCAGCCUCAUGACUGAUAUUGUGUAUACUGUAAACAGUUCACUUAUUUAUAUUAUACCUAAAAAGUAACACUAUUUUCU